UUCUGUAUUUAGGUCCAGCCUGUUUUAUAUAGGAAAAGAAAAUGGCAACAAAGAAAUUAAGGACAUUUUCCUGGGUAAGUCACACCCAUGUGUAGAAUAAUUACCAGUAUUGUAGUAAAUUCACCUUAUAAUAAUAAAAAUCACACCCAAGGUAGGGUUUAACAUUAUAUUGAGACAUGUCUUACAGUAAGAAGUGAGUGCAGGCUCAGAUGAACUUUACCUGUAUAUUCAAUGGUUCCAAGAACUAGGUCCUUUCCACUUGGGAAAAACUGUAAAAAAAAAAAAAUCUUUAUUUCUUUUUCUCUCAUUUCAGACAGCUUUUGAGACAUUUCCUUUGACGUGCUUUCUCCCUUGAACUGGAUCAUAAGACUAAAAGACCUUGUUUCUGUGAACCGCGUCUUUGUCUGAUGCUUCUGAUAAGAGAGCAUAAGAACCCUGAGAUAGGGUUUAAACUCAAAACCCAGACAUCUGCUAAAAGAGGACUGUGAAUAUCUAAUCAAAAGAUUUUCACAGCAUGAUGGCCGUUAUCUCCAAUCCCAGCACUAGGGAGCAUCGAGGAAGACAGGAGGAUCACAAGAUCAAGGCAGGAUCAGGUAAAUGUCUUUAAAACCAAAAGAAGAAGUUUAAGAAAGAAAAAAACGAAGAAAGGAAGGAAGAAAGAAGGAAGGAAGGAAGAAAGAAAGAAAGGACGAAAGAGAGAGAAAGAAAGAAAGGAACAAAGAAGGAAAGGAAGGAAGAAAGGGGGAAUAAAGAAGUGUGGUUUGUUGCUUAUUUUCAUCAAAGUAUGCUUAUAACAUUUAUUUUUUCUAAUCAGCAGUGUGCUGGGAAAUGCAAGUUAUUUAUAUCAGAGGCUGUUAGCAUUUUAUCACUUUUGGCUUUUCUCUUUUAUGGUGGUUGUGGAGACUGCAGGAGAUUCUAGUCUUUUUUUUUCCCUAGCAGUUCUGGCACAAUUAGAGGGUAUUUUAUCAUCUGGACCCCUGUCUCCGUCUUCAGUGGUAUCGUCCGCAUGAACCAAUACUGUUUUAACCUGACUUUACCCCCUCAUCCCAGUGGUAGCUUCAAGGAGAGGAUUGUAACACCUUGACUCCUACCUGCACUUGCUCCAUUUGCCUCCCUUUUAGAUUAUGAUACACCUCGGUGCCCGUGGUUAAGGGGAUUCGUUUUGCUUCGCUAAACUCUGCACAUGCACAGACCCACAGAGUGCAGUGUUCUUCUGGCAGCUUGCCUCCAGGAGAGAUGCCUCUACCCCACCGCCCUCUCUUGCCCCGCCUUCUGUGACCAGCACGUUGUACGGAAUGGGUGUCUAGAUGGCGGCCCUCACAAAGAACUGUCUUGGCACCGCCAUGCUGGUCUCCUGACAGCAUUACCCACAGCCAAAGUCUCUGCAGAUCCUUCACUGCACCUUGUUCAGUAGCCAUUGAACCUCACACCUUACUAGAGGUGCAGAAUCUUAUACACUCUUCAGCUUUGGAAGAAGGGGUUGAAGCCCCAGGUGAACAUGCCAUCGAAUGAGAAAUCACCUCAGAGAUUUCCUGCUUUGAUUCCAGAAGAACCUGGCAGAUCAAUUGAGGGCUCUGUGUCAUUUGAAAAUGUGGCUGUGGAUUUCACCCGACAGGAGUGGCACAGACUGGACCCUACCCAGAGGAUUAUGCACAAGGAUGUGAUGCUGGAGACCUAUAGUCACUUGGCAUCAGUAGGCUUCUGCAUUGCCAAACCAGACAUGAUCUUCAAGUUGGAGCAGGGAGAAGAACUGUGGCUAUUAGAAGAGGAAUCCUCAGGCCGGGCUUACUCAGGACCUGUGUCUUUGCUGUGUGGCAACAGUUCAACUGAGAGUAAUGCCCUUGUGCCAGAGAACAACAUUUUUCAGCAUCAGAGUAUUCAAACUGUGAAUAGAAAUUUUUUUUAUAAUAGAUGUGAGGAAGAUUUCCAUGAGGAAAAAGGCUUUGUUCAACAUCAAAGGAUUCCCACCAGAGAUAAAACCUUUGGAUAUCAUGAAUGUGGAAAAGUGUACUGCAGGAAAUCUAACCUUGUUGAGCACCUGCGAACCCACAUGGGAGAGAGACCCUAUGAGUGUGGUGAAUGUGCAAAGACCUUCAGUGCAAGAUCCCACUUCAUUGCUCAUCAGAAAACUGAUGAAUGUCAUGAAUGUGGGAAAUCUUUUGGCAGAAAGUCACAACUCAUUCUACACUGCAGAACACACACGGGAGAGAGGCCCUACAAAUGUACUGAAUGUGGGAAAACCUUUUCUGAGAAGGCAACUCUCACAAUCCACCAGAGGACUCACACUGGUGAGAGGCCUUAUAAAUGCAAUGAAUGUGGUAAGACAUUUUGUGUCAAGAUAUCCCUCACCCAACACCUCAGAACUCACACGGGGAAGAAACCCUAUGAAUGUGGGGACUGUGGGAAAAACUUCCAUGCCAAGAAAUCCCUAAACCAGCAUCAAAGGAUUCACACAGGUGAGAAGCCCUAUGAGUGUGGAGACUGUGGGAAAUUCUUUUGAAUCAAAAUGACUCUCAAUAAUCAUCGGAGAACCCACACAGGGGAAAAGCCCUAUCAUUGUAGUGACUGUGGGAAAGCUUUCCGGGUACACUCAUCUCUGGGAAUCCAUCAGAGAAUCCAUCCUGGAGAGAAGCCCUAUGGAUGUAAUGAAUGUGGGAAUGCUUUCUAUGUGAAAGCCCGGCUCAUUGAACAUCAACGUGUGCAUUCAGGAGAGAAACCCUAUGAAUGAAAUGACUGUGGAAAGAUCUUUAGCAUGAAAAAAUCCCUUCGUCAACACAGGAGAACUCACACUGGUGAGAAGGCUUAUGAAUGCCAUGAGUGUGGGAAUGCCUUUUAUGUGAAAGUGCGCCUCUUUGAGCAUCAGCGAAUUCAUACAGGAGAAAGGCCUUUUGAAUGUCGGAAAUGUGGAAAGGGCUUCUGUCGGAAAGCCCACCUCACAGAACACCAGAGAACACAUUUGGGCCAAUCCUUGCUCUGUGCAUUGGAGAAAAGUUCUUGACAAUUCCCUCGAUCCCCACAACUGGGUCAAGCCCCCAGGGGCAUCUAAUGAAGCAGAACAUUCAAUGCACAUUUGCCACAGUAUGGUACUUAGACUCAUAUUAAAAUGUGUCUUGAUCUCUUUAUGCCAAUAUUCCAUCUCAUUAUUGUUUACUUUUUUUUGAGACAGUUUGUAGGCCAGGUUGGCCUUGAACUUUUGCCUUGGUCUCCUGGUACUUUGAUAAAGGUAGGCAGUUUGCCUGGCUGGUUUCAUUUAUAUGUCUCUAUUUAGUGAUGAAGUCAAACACAUUGUCUGAUAAUUAGCUAUCUCAAUAUUUUUCUAAUGUGUACUGACUGCUCAGAUUCUUUACUGUUUCCUAAUGAGAUGUUUAUCUUUUAUAUUCUGAUUUAAAUAUUAUCACAGUCUGGUUUAAAUGUUGUCAUUGUUGUUACUGCUUUAUAUGUAAGCAAUAUAAAGCUAUUCAUUCAUAUGUUACAAUAUCUUCUCUCAGACUAUAGCUGGUUCUUUAAGUUUGCUAACUUUUUUCUUGUACUGUACUGAACUUUUAUGUUUCACAUAUUGUCUGUUUCAAGGUGAUGAUAUUUAUGUAUACUUUCCUCAAAAGUUAAGAUUGUUUUUAAACAUUUUAAAUUUGAAUCUACUGUGAAAUAUUUUUGAUAUCAUAUGGAGCCUACAAUGUAUAAUACUAUACUGUUAAAUUUUACAGAAAUGGUGUCACACUGUAGGUAAAAUCUUGGUAGUUGUUUUGUUUUCAAGUGUCGUUAGCUUCCUAAGAUCUGUCCCUGUUGGUAGUUAACUACAGGUCUUGUGCCAGUUAUUAAGCUAUUCUGUUCUUACUGUAAGCCUACUCUACUAGAUUGUACUUUGUGACUCUUAAAACAUUCUGCCUUGUCAGCUGCUCCCAACUGGAAUUUGGCUAAUAAGAAACUAUAUAUAGCUGGGUAGUAGUGGUGCAGACCUUUAAUCCCAGCAUGUGGGAGGCAGAGUCUGGUAGAUCUCUAGUUCAAGGCCAGCCUUGUCUACAGACCAAUUUCCAGGACAGCCAAGGCUACACAGAGAAACCGUCUCUAAAGGAAAAAAGAUACUAGAUAUAUGGUUUAGGCUAAAGAUGAAGGGACUUAAUCUUUUCUCAUUCUCAUGACUUCCUUGUUCAUCCAAAUGUCUUUCCAACAUCACUUCUACACAGUGAUAGUAGAGUCCUGUUGGCAGUUUCAUUAGAUGUUCAAUCCUUGAAAGAACCAGCCUUGUGGUAUUUCGACUUCUUGAGAUAAGGGUCAGCUGGCUGAUGUCACCUCCUUAAGGCUUCAAGCCCUAUCAUGUGCAACCCCUCCCAUGCCCUUCUAAUUAUUUUUUAUUAAAAAUGGGAAUCUUCAUUAUAUAACCCAGGCUUACUUAGAGCUCACAAUCUUCUUAUAACCAUCUCUCUUCCACAUCUUGGUAUCACAAGCUUGUUCCUUUUACUUUUAAAUAAUUCUGAGUUCAUUCUUUGUUACUGAUAAGUGAUGCUAGGCUGGAAGAAAGUGAAAGUAAAGGUCCUCUGCAGUGUCUACUUUCCAGGCACCAGUUCAGACAUUAGAACAUGCUGGCUCCCUCUGUUAAAAUGUCAUGGUCACUGGUUAGUAAUUGCCUGGUAGCUGAGGAAUUAAAAAAAAAUUUUUUGAGACAGGGUCUCAGUAUGUAGCCCUGGCUGGUCUGAAACUCAUGAUAUAGACCAAGCUUUACUUGAACUCAUAGAGAUUAUAAUAAAAAAUUUCUAAGGUAUUUGUCAUUCAUUUUCAAGCACUGGCUUUCCACUUGUAUACAAAACAUCAAUGAGCAUGGCCUUUCAACAACGGAUAACAAUCCAUCACCUGCUUGUAAUGAAUUGCAAAGCUAAGGGUGAACCAGUGACAGGCAGGGGCUUUAAACUGUUCCAAAGCUAAUAAAACCAAAAGGUAGGCAGACAGCAACAGAUAUCAUUUAUUCCUUCUUUAUCUAAAGAUAAGGAAACUAGAAGGGACACUGGCAAUAAAUGCAGGUAGUUUUUAUUUUAGAAAUAUCAUGAAUUCUAGGUGGCCCAAAGCAACUCUUAGCUGACUAUAAGGUUAACCCAAGUGACAUUAAGGUCAAACAUUUUCUCCUUGGUUGGCCCCAAAGGGUAGAGCUCACUGCCUUCAUGUCCAAGAUCCAUGUCAUCUUUAAAGGAUGCCUUUUCAAUAAAACUACAAAGAACAAAGUGUUACUAAGCAGUUUGGCCCUUAAACCUGAUGCCUUGGUUUGCAUGUAUUUAAAAAGAAACUAGAUCCUGUAGGCAUAAUUUUUUUGCAACCUACUUUUAGUAAGUGUUCACCCUCUCCUCUAGUCUACCACCCAUCAGAGGUAGGGGAAGAGAAAAGUUAUUAGGAUAUGGGGAAAGUGGACCUAUUUAGCAAUAGUUCUUUGGGGGUGAGCUCAAUCAUUUUUGUCAGCAGUUCAGUACAGUAGCAAACACCAAAUAUGAAUCAGCAGCUGCAAUUCAGUCCUCUUGGCAGGCAGAUGCCACACACAAACCAGCAAUUGGAGCCAUUCUUCUUGGCAGUCAGACACACACACCAGCAGCUGCAGUUCAAGCCUGAAGAAACCACAAGGCUCACUAGCCAGCCCAAGGUGGCUGAAGGGGGAAACUACCUGCAGGAACCUCACGAGGAGCAAUUCUUUGGCAAGUUUCUCUCAAUAGGCACAUUACCACAAACAGAGCUCAACAAUGCUAUGUAAGGUGAACCAAUACAUGUGUGUCCUUAACGAAGAAUAGCAAACCAAAACAAAGCUCAGUUCCCAGUGUCUGUGGGGUCAUAUUUAUACUCCUUCAACAUGGGUCCUUUCAUAUGUCUAUUGCAGCAUCCUUUCACCUGUGUCUGCUUCAGGAAAACAUUCUUUCACUUGUUUGCUUUAACAACACAUCCUUUCACCUAUGUACCCCAGCAAAACAUUUGACAUAAUGGACUUUCCAAACAAACCAGAAGUUUCCACUUCAAGAGACUGUAAAGGAAACAGAUUUAAUCAAUGUUUGAGCAAAUCCCAAAACAAGAAAGACCCCUACUUUCCCUCUACCAUUCCUCUACCAUUACUGUAGUUUUGUAAAAGAAAUGAAACAAAAGCUAGAAAAUAUGCACAUGUUAAAUGUGAGAUAAGCUCUCAGAACUUGAUGAAAUCACUUCCUCAAAGUAAAGUUCCUCCUCUGGCAUUUGGGUGCCAGUGCCUUUGAGUCUUAAACUUCUCUCAGCAUGGGGCUCUUGGGGGUCCACUGUUUUAGGAUCCUUGUUUUCAAAGCAGGAGGGAAGGGCACACAUUUUUUUCCCAUCUUUAUUAACUUGAGUAUUCCUUAUUUACAUUUCAAUUGUUAUUCCCUUUCCCGGUUUCCAGGCCAACAUCCCCCUAACCCCUUCCCAUCCUCCCCCCAUUACCGCCCUCCCCCCAACAAUCACGUUCACUGGGGGUUCAGUCUUGGCAGGACCAAGAGCUUCCCCUUCCACUGGUGCUCUUACUAGGUUAUUCAUUGCUACCUAUGAGGUCAGAGUCCAGGGUCAGUCCAUGUAUAGUCUUUAGGUAGUGGCUUAGUCCCUGGAAGCUCUGGUUGCUUGGCAUUGUUGUUCAUAUGGGGUCUCGAGCCCCUUCAAGCUCUUCCAGUCCUUUCUCUAAUUCCUUCAACGGGGGUCCCGUUCUCAGUUCAGUGGUUUGCUGCUGGCAUUUGCCUAUGUAUUUCUGUAUUCUGGCUGUGUCUCUCAGGAGUGAUCUACAUCCGGUUCCUGUCGGCCUGCACUUCUUUGCUUCAUCCAUCUUGUCUAAUUGGGUGGCUGUAUAUGUAUGGGCCACAUGGGGGCAGGCUCUGAAUGGGUGUUCCUUCUGCCUCUGUUCUAAACUUUGCCUCCCUAUUCCCUGCCAAGGGUAUUCUUGUUCCCCUUUUAAAGAAGGAAUGAAGCAUUCGCAUUUUGGUCAUCCCUCUUACAUCUAGGGUAAUUCAAGCAUUUGGGCUAAUAUCCACUUAUCAAUGAGUGCAUAACAUGUAUGUCUUUCUGUGAUUGGGUGACCCAUCCAGCAGGUCCAGUUAUUAAGGGUUUCGAAGGGGUGUUACCCUUGAGCCAAUGGGGGGCGAGAGAAGAAGGAGACCAAGCAAGAUUCUAUUGUCAAGAUCUCGUUUAUUGGGAUGAAUGUUACAGCUUUUAAGGCUUUCAGGUAGGGGGAGUGACCUUUGUGAAACACGAAGGAGAAGGAGAUGAGGGUAUAGGCAGUGAUAGCUGGAGGCAAAGAGGUCAGGUGGUAGACGAUGAGGUCAGGCAGUGGAGACACCCGGUGUUGACUCAGGAGAUAACUGAUUUUUCCUUAGGCUGAAGCAUCCCGUGAAUGUUAUCUUCCUGUGCCGUAAAUUCAUGGGAGAGGCUUUUCUCCCACAAUCUCGAGGCUUUAUGGCAGUCAUCUUAGAGGAGUAUGUGUGGCCCAGAGUCACGUAACCACUUUGAGCUAUACAGUCACAAAACGGCCAGGCCCAAAUCCAAUACGGCUCCCUACAAUUGGGUUACCUCACUCAGGAUGAUGUUUUCCAGUUCCAUCCAUUUGCCUAUGAAUUUCAUAAAGUCAUCAUUUUUGAUAGCUGAGUAAUAUUCCAUUGUGUAGAUGUACCACAUUUUCUGUAUCCAUUCCUCUGUUGAACGGCAUCUGGGUUCUUUCCUCAGCUCCUUGACUAUUAUAAAUAAGGCUGCUAUGAACAUAGUGGAGCAUGUGUCUUUGUUAUAUGUUGGGGCAUGUUUUGGGUAUAUGCCCAAGAGAGGUAUAGCUGGGUCCUCAGGUAGUUCAAUGUCCAAUUUUCUGAGGAACCUCCAGACUGAUUUCCAGAGUGGUUGUACCAGUCUGCAAGCCCACCAACAAUGGAGGAGUGUUCCUCUUUCUCCACAUCCUUGCCAACAUUUGCUGUCACCUGAGUUUUUGAUCUUAGCCAUUCUCACUGGUGUGAGGUGAAGUCUCAGGGUUGUUUUGAUUUGCAUUUCCCUGAUGACUAAAGAUGUUGAACAUUUCUUGAGGUGUUUCUCAGCCAUUCGUCAUUCCUCAGCUGCAAAUUCUUUGUUUAGCUCUGAACUCCACUUUUAAUAGGGUUAUUUGUUUCCCUGCAGUCUAACUUCUUGAGCUCUUUGUAAAUUUUGGAUAUAAGCCCUCUAUUUGUUGUAGGAUUGAUAAAGAUCUUUUCCCAAUCUGUUGGUUGCUGUUUUGUCCUAACUACAGUGUCCUUUGCCUUAUAGAAGCUUUGCAGUUUUAUGAGAUGGUUGGGAGACUUUUAAUAACUUCUUCUAUUUCUUUUGGAGUUAUGGGGUUGUUUAAAUGGUUUAUCUGUUCCUGAUUUAACUUGGGUACCUGGUAUCUGUCUAGGAAAUUGUUCAUUCCCUGCAGAUUUUCAAGUUUUGUUGAAUGUAGGCUUUUGUAGUAGGAUCUGAUGAUUUUUUGAAUUUCCUCAGAUUCUGUAGUUAUGUCUCCCUUUUCACUUCUGAUUUUGUUAAUUUGGACACUCUCUUUGUGCUCUGGUUAGUCUGGCUAAGGGUUUAUCUAUCUUGUUGAUUUUCCCAAAGAACCAGCUUUUGGUUCUGUUCAUUCUUUCUAUGGUCCUUUUUGUUUCUACUUGGUUGAUUUCAGCUCUGAGUUUGAUUAUUUCCUGCCUUCUACUCUUCCUGGGUGUAUUUGCUUCUUUUUGUUCUAGAGCUUUUAGGUGUGCUGUCAAGCUGCUGAUAUAUGCUCUCUCCUGUUUCUUUCUGCAGGCAUUCAGAGCUAUGAGUUUUCCUCUUAGCACAGCUUUCAUUGUGUCCCCGAAGUUUGGGUAUGUUGUAUCUUCAUUUUCAUUAAAUUCUAAGAAGUCUUUAAUUUCUUUCUUUAUUUCUUCCUUGACCAGGUUAUCAUUGAAUAGAGCAUUAUUCAACUUCCCUGUAUAUGCGGGCAUUCUUUCCUUAUUAUUAUUGAAGCCCAGCUUUAUCCCGUGGUGGUCUGACAGGACACAUGCAAUUAUUUCUAUCUUUCUGUAUCUGUUGAGGCCUGUUUUAUGACUUAUUAUAUGGUCAAUUUUGGAGAAAGUACCAUGAGGUGGUGAGAAGAAGGCAUAUCCUUUUGUUUUAGGAUAGAAUAUUCUAUAAAUAUCUGUUAAAUCCAUUUGGUUCAUGACUUCUCUUAGUCUUUCUAUGUCUCUGUUUAAUUUCUGUUUCCAUGAUCUGUCCAUUGAUGAGAGUGAAGUGUUGAAAUCCCCUACUAUUAUUGUUUGAGGUGCAAUGUGUGUGUUGAGCUUUAGUAAGGUUUCUUUUAUGUAUGUAGGUGCCCUUGUAUUUGCAGCAUAGAUAUUUAGGAUUGAGAGUUCAUCUUGGUGGCUUUUUCCUUUGAAUAUGAAGUGUCUUUCCUUAUCUUUUUUGAUGUCUUUUGGUUGAAAAUUGAUUUUAUUCGAUAUUAGAAUGGCUACUCCAGCUUGCUUCUUCAGAACAUUUGCUUGAAAAAUUGUUUUCCAGCCUUUCACUCUGAAGUAGAGUCUGUCUUUGUCUCUGAGGUGUGUUUCCUGUAGGCAGCAAAAUGUUGGGUACUCACUGUGUAUCCAGUUUGUUAAUCUGUGUCUUUUUAUUGGGGAAUUGAGUCCAUUGAUGUUGAGAGAUAUUAAGUAAUAGUGAUUGUUGCUUCCUGUUAUAUUCGUAUUUGAAUGUGAGAUUAUGUUUCUGCUUGUCUUCUCUUUGUUUUGUUGCAGAACAAUUAGUUUCUUGCUUUUUCUAGGGCGUAGCUUGCCUCCUUGUGUUGGGCUUUACCAUUUAUUAUCCUUUGUAGCACUGGAUUUUUAAAAAGAUAUUGUGUAAAUUUGGUUUUGUCAAGGAAUAUCUUGGUUUCUCCAUCUAUGUUAAUUGAGAGCUUUGCUGGAUACAGUAACCUGGGCUGGCAUUUGUGUUCUCUUAGUGUCUGUAUGACAUCGGUCCAGGAUCUUCUGGUUUUCAUAGUCUCUGGUGAGAAGUCUCGUGUAAUUCUGAUAGGUCUGCAUUUAUAUGUUACUUGACCUCUUUCCCUUACUGCUUUUAAUAUUCAUUCUUUGUUUUGCAGAUUUGGUGUUUUGAGUAUUAUGUGACAGGAGGAGUUUUUUUUCCUGGUCCAGUCUAUAUGGAGUUCUGUAGGCUUCUUGUAUGUUUAUGGGCAUCUCUUUCUUUAGGUUAGGGAAGUUUUCUUGUAUGAUUUUGUUGAAGAUAUUUACUGGUCUUUUGAGUUGGGAGUCUUCACCCUCUUCUAUACCUAUUAUCCUUAGGUUUGAUCUUCUCAUUUUGUCCUGGAUUUCCUGUAUGUUUUGAACCAGUAGCUUUUUCCGCUUUACAUUAUCUUUGACCAUUGUGUCAAUCAAUGAUUUCUAUGGAAACUUCUGCUCCUGAUAUUCUCUCUUCUAUCUCUUGCAUUCUGUUGGUGAUGCUUGUAUCUACGGCUCCUUGUCUCUUCCUUUGGUUUUCUAUAUCCAGGGUUGUUUCCCUGUGUCCUUUCUUUAUUGCUUCUAUUUCAAUUUUUAAUUCCUUCAUCUGUUUGAUUGUGUUUUCCUGGAAUUCUUUCAGGGAUUUUUGCAUUUCCUCUCUAUAGGCCUCUGCUUGUUUAUUUGUGUUUUCUUGCAUUUCUCUAAGGGAAUUCUUUAUGUCUUUCUUGAAGUCCUCCAUCAUCAUGAUCAAAUGUGAUUUUAAAUCUAGAUCUUGCUUUUCUGGUGUAUUUGGAUAUUCAGUGUUUGCUUUGGUGGGAAAAUUGGGCUCCUAUGUUGCCAUGUAGUCUUGGCUUCUGUUGCUUGGGUUCCUGCGCUUGCCUCUCGCCAUCAGAUUAUCUCUAGUGUUACUUUGUUCUGCUAUUUCUGACAGUGGCUAGAGUGUCCUAUAGGCCUGUGUGUCAGGAGUGCUGUAGACCUGUUUUGCUGUUUUCUUUCAGCCUGUUAUGGGAACAGAGUGUUCUGCUUUCAUGUGUGUAGUCGUUCCUGUCUACUGGUCUUCAAGUGUUCCUGUGGGAGUGUGUACUGUGUCUGUCCACCAGGCAGGUCACUUGGAGCAGAAAAGUUGGUCUUACUGAGAACGGGACCCCCGUUGAAGGAAUCAGAGAAAGGACUGGAAGAGCUUGAAGGGGCUUGAGACCCCUUAUGAACAACAAUGCCAACCAACCAGAGCUUCCAGGGACUAAGCCACUACCCAAAGACUAUACAUGGAAUGACCUGGGCUCCAACCUCAUAGGCAGCAUUGAAUAUCCUCGUAAGAGUACCAGUGGAAGGGAAAGCCCUUGGUUCUGCCAAGACUGAAUAC